UUCCCACUGCUGCUGGAAGCGGCCGCAUUGCAACAAAGUUUAUAUUACACUAGCUGCGUUUGACUUGACAGCACAGUAAUUGCAGCUUCGUCGCACCUCUUCUUCGCCCCGUGAUAUCGCUACUUAAUGUAUAAUGCCGCCGCAUUAAACAGUUCGUUGAAUAUGUGUUGAAGACAAACAUACUGACUGUAACCCGUGAGUCAACAUUUGUAACUGUCCUCGGUUUCUGCUAAACCAUACAAUUGGCCCAUCGGUGGUAAUGUGUUUGUUUACCAACCGCGACAAACGUCACGUCGUCGCGGGAGCACCUGUUUAGCUUCAGUAACAUCCACGGAGCCGGUCCAUUGACAAAGAGACCCACCAAGGGUCGAGAUCCAGUAGCUGAUUGUUUUUUUUAGGUGUAGGGGUCUACGCAAACCAAACCCUUAAAUUAGCUCAAUUGAAAGUCCAUGGUCGAGAGGGAGACAAGUUGACACGGUUUCCGGGAGGCAACCACACACUAAUAUUGUUGCCCCAAAUAUACCUGUCGGCCACUGCCGAGUCCACCGUCGUCUCGCGUCUCGCCACCCGUCCACUGAUCCUCCACAAUGAACGUUUCGAAGAGCGGCUACCGGGUCUUCUCUGCCAACUCGACCCCUGCGUGCAUCGAGCUGGCCAAGAAGAUCACCGAGCGCCUAGGAGUUGAUUUGGGCAAGUCAGUAGUUUACCAAGAGUCAAAUGGAGAGACGAGAGUGGAUGUGAAAGAAUCUGUCCGUGGCCAGGACAUAUUUAUCAUCCAGACAAUUCCCAGGGAUGUGAACACGGCCAUCAUGGAGCUGCUGGUGAUGGCUUAUGCCCUGAAGACGUCCUGUGCCAAGAACAUCAUCGGCGUCAUCCCCUACUUCCCCUACAGCAAGCAGUGCAAGAUGAGGAAGAGGGGAUCCAUUGUGUGCAAGCUGCUGGCCUCCAUGCUGGCUAAAGCAGGACUAACGCACAUCAUCACCAUGGACCUCCAUCAGAAGGAGAUCCAGGGAUUCUUUAGCUGCCCAGUGGACAACCUGAGGGCGUCUCCCUUCCUUAUCCAGUACAUCCAGGAGGAGAUCCCGGACUACAGGAACGCUGUGAUCGUUGCAAAGUCCCCUUCAGCUGCCAAGAGAGCCCAGUCGUACGCUGAGCGCCUGAGGCUGGGUCUGGCCGUCAUCCACGGAGAGGCCCCUGGUUCGGAGGCAGACAUGGCAGACGGGCGCCAUUCUCCCCCUGCCACGCGGACCACCACGGGACACACCGGUCUGGAGAUCCCACAGACCCGUCGUCGAGCAACGUUCCCUGGCCUAGAGCUACCAAUCAUGAUGGCAAAGGAGAAGCCCCCCAUAACAGUCGUCGGGGACGUCGGAGGCCGGAUCGCCAUCAUAGUGGACGACAUCGUUGACAACGUGGAGGACUUUGUGGCGGCGGCGGAGCUGCUGAAGGAGCGAGGAGCCUACAAGAUCUACAUCAUGGCCACCCACGGCCUGCUGUCGGCCGAGGCCCCCACGCGCAUCGAGGAGUCCGCCAUCGACGAGGUGGUGGUGACCAACACCGUGCCCCACGAGCUGCAGAAGCUCCAGUGUCCCAAGAUCAAGACGGUGGACGUCAGCAUGAUCCUGGCCGAGGCCAUCCGCCGCAUCCACAACGGGGAGUCCAUGGCCUACCUGUUCCGCAACAUCGCCGUGGACGACUGAGACAGAGCCACGUAUAUACACAUACAAUGCCACACUUCGCCGCGAAUACAUUCCUACAAGAUCAGAGCUCACACGCAAGAAGCAUACACGAAAGACCAAUCGCCACCAAAUCACAACUCGGUGUUCCAUCUUUAUUUUUUUUGCUUGAGAUUAUUGUUUCAGUGUAUCCUGUUUGGCCCAUGUGAAACUUGAACUGGUUACAGUGCGACGCUUGUGGGGUACAGUUUUUCCCAUGAGUGGCUUCUCUUCUCCCCCCGACCCCCCCCCCCCCCCCUAUUCUAUGUAUGUCAUCGUAUGUAUGUUCUGCUCCCAGUGCCCUACCCUGCUACUUGAUUUGGAUAAUUAAACAUUUUCUGGGAUGAAUACAAUUCUGUUCUCCUUUGACUGAACGCAGGUAGAAUAUAUUGCAGUGUAAUUACUUGGUUGUUUUGGUGUUUACCAAGGUUAGUGUGUGUGUGUGUGUGUGUGUGUGUGUGUGUGUGUGUGUGUGUGUGUGUGUGUGUGUGUGUGUGUGUGUGUGUGUGUGUGUGUGUGUGUGUGUGUGUGUGUGUGUGUGUGUGUGUGUGUGUGUGUGCACCUGAACCUGAGCUUCUUUCACUACCUCUUUCAGUUGCAGAGGAAGUGUUUCUUUAUUCCUCCCUAAACCACUACUAAGAACAAAAAGUCUGGUUUGUAUCACCCCCCAUUUUUAUUGAACAAAACAUCCGCUUAUUUCAUGCAAAUAUUUACUUGGAUCUCUCGUCAACCAUGAAGAAAAUGCACAAUAGCUGAUCAAUACGCAAGCAGGCAACAUUGCCAGUUUGUACAUUUAAGUAGUCAUCCAUUCAUCCUCGUAUAUUAUCAAAAGAUAAUCUAAAUCAAUGAAUUCCUUCUUUGUUUUCCUAAAAAGUGGAGAAUAAAGCCAUGAGAUGUGUAUGACCACGACAUAUACAAUAUCCUCUCCCUGAAUUGUGCCCUGGCUUGAACAAAGACCUCUGCAUCAACAUAAAUGUUACCAUAAUUGAAUGUGGCGGUACAGCCACAUUCAAUUAUGGUAACAUAUGUUACACAUUACAUUUCAUAUCUGGAUGACAAAAUAACGUAACGUGAUUUUAAAACCAGAAGCAGCAAAAGCAAGUUUAUAAAACAAAAAUCAACAGAAAAUCUUGUGUCACCCUAGACACCGAGUAUCAGUCAAAUGAAGCCAGCAGGACAGCGUUCAACCCCAUCCCCAUCCUCCAAACCCUGGCAGAUUGGGUCCCCAACCCUGAACUUGUUCCAAACGCCUCAGAGUUGUUGCUGUACUGAGGAGCUUUGACCAAGUCCAGGGGAAGAGACAGCCAGACUUGGCGACAGCCAACGAUACACAAAAUGUAUCGUUAAAUUAUCAAUUAAAUAAGACAAACAAUGGGAUUUAGUUUCUCCGUGUGAGAAAGACGAGCCUUUACACACUUGCCUGACUGUGAUGCCUGCCGUUGCUGCUGACUGUGAGCCGAGUGCGGAAGACUGGUAUAAAAUGGCCAUUAAAUGAGGAACUAGCGAGCAAACGGUUAACAGCCACUGCGCGACUACUUCCUCAAAGUUGGAACAGGAAACCUGGUGGAUUCCAAUCUGGUGGUGGAGCGUAGGAUACUGGGGUGGUCAGGUGUGUGACUGCUUGUGCGUGUGUCUCUCAGUGGUAAGGCUUUCACUUUGUAUGUAAGAGUGUGUGGUUCUGUGUGCAGCAGCCACUGGCUUUAAUUUCUCUGCCAUUGUCUGGUUAUUAAUUGGAAGAAACAUAGACAAAGUCACUUUAACUCAUUUUUAAAAGGAUUUCUGUGACAAUCUACAAAAGUGUCUGAGUAAUUGUUUCAUUCUUCAAUUAGUGCGCCUGGUUUUGAAAGGACUUUUGACCGAAGAAUGUUGCAUGUGGCAGAAUGCAGUGGUUGUGGCAUACCACGAGGGUCCAGUAUUAAAGAGCCUUCAAGGAGGAACUGGCCUGACAUUUUCUUGAUCAAUGAAUUUGACUUAAUUGGGAAUAGGCCAUCAUAUAUUUGCGCUUAAAUGUGCAGUGAAAGUAUGAACACAAGAGGGCGGCACAACUCUUGAGCUCUUAAGGUUUUUGAAUUUCCUGAUUUACAUUUGCUGAUACAAAAACGGUUAUACGGUCGAAGCAAUUCAUUUAAGUAUAAUACCCUUAAACAUUUUGAAAAGUGAACAUUGAAAUAUGCUUAUUUUGUACGUCAAAUGAUGCAUUAUGGGCUCCCGGUCCUGCUAAAAGAAGGAUGCCCCUUUUACAAGAGGAUUCCAGAUUUGAUUCCUCAGUAUGAAACGGAUAAACUACUUACCUGUAGAUAUGCAAGGCCCCUGACAUACAAACUGAAGUAUACCUUCUAGAAUGUGAACUUCAAUGACAGUCCUCAACUUAGGAUCCGUCAGCGGUUUAUUUGAGGCUUCACUGACUAUCACCAUGGCAACGGAAACAGAACAGCCAUUACCUUUUCAUCUUGGUUAGCAGGUUUACUCAUUGGUUACACCUCUAACUCAGUCCACCCUUAGAGUUCACUAUUUUAUAACUCUCGGAUAGGACUUAAGUUCACCAUUUGUUCAUCCUAAAGAAUGACUUAAAGAUGUUGUAUGUUAUAUUCAAGCUUUGUGAAGAGUGAGCGCCUCAGAUUACAUAAAGUGAUGGACAAGACCUAAAACAUAGAAUAAAUCUAUACCUAAAAUAA